CAGACACGUGUGUGGCACGUCAACUGUCAUGACAAGUGUCAACACUGAACGAGACGGUUUGUAUCGAAAGUAUUAUAUUAUCAAUCGUCAGCAAGAAAAAACAACGUUCUACCAGCUAUAUUAUCCAUAGACAACAAUUCAGUAAUGCGACAACCAUCUCUCAUUUAAAUUUUCAUUGGCACAAGAGAAGAAAAAGGCUGUGUUUCGUGUAUACUUACACCGUGAUGACUAUUUUUUUACACUUUAAGUUUCCUAAGAUAAUUUUUUUGUAACCUCGAAAAUGAUGCUCAAGCCGGUUAACCUCGGUGCAUUCGUAGUUUGUUUGAUAACAUACUGUUGUACCCUUACGCUCGCGAGUACCAACAACGAGGAGCCAAAGGAUUGCGGCUGUGGCAAAAACUUGAAUAGACCAAGUUCGAGCAAUGACGGGAGCAUGUGUUCUACAAAACCGGAAGGAAGUAACUUGGACGAGGGCUCGUGCGUUAUCGAGGAGGAGGAGAACAAAGUCGGAUUCGACGACGAGCUCAUCAAACCUUACUACAUGCACUACUCGACCGAAGACAUGGUGAAAAUAGAAGCUGGCUCUUACUUCAUUGGCACGAACAAUCCAGUCUUUAUUUCCGAUGGCGAAGGACCCAGGCGUGAGGUCGAACUGGACAGCUUCUACAUUGACAAGUACGAGGUGAGCAACGCGGACUUCGAGAAGUUUGUCACUGACAAUGGGAACUACGAGACCGAGGCUGAAAAGUUUGGCGAUUCCUUUGUCUUUGAGGGACUUUUGAGUGACGCUGUCAAGAAUGAGAUCAAACAGGCUGUGAAGCAGGCUCCCUGGUGGUUACCUGUUAAAAAUGCCACUUGGAGGACGCCGGAAGGCAUUGACUCUAAUGUAUCAGAUAGAAUGAACCAUGCGGCUGUACAUGUUUCUUGGAAUGAUGCAAUGGCUUACUGCAAAUCGUUGGGUAAGAGGCUGCCAACAGAAGCCGAAUGGGAAGUCACCUGUAGAGGUGGACUCAAUGACAGAUUGUUCCCCUGGGGGAAUAAAUUGAUGCCUAAUGACCAGCACAGAGUAAAUAUCUGGCAAGGACAGUUUCCAGAAAAAAAUACUGCAGAAGAUGGUUUCAAAGGUACUAAUCCAGUGGACCACUUUCCACCAAAUGGUGCUGGGGUUUAUAAUAUUAUUGGCAAUGUCUGGGAGUGGACUGCAGAUUGGUGGACAGUCAGGCACUCGGAUGAAAAACAAGUUAAUCCUACUGGACCCCCAAGCGGAUCUGACAAAGUAAAGAAAGGCGGUUCUUACUUGUGCCACAAAGAUUACUGUUACAGAUAUCGCUGUGCAGCUAGAAGUCAAAAUACUCCAAAUACUUCAGCUGGGAAUCUAGGCUUCAGAUGUGCUGCAGGAGUAUGAUGAAAAAAAUAAGCAAUGCACAAGUAUUAUAUUUUUUACUUUGUACGCGUUUUGAUUAAUGUCUCGGCGCAAUUGUUUUCUGUUGAUUGUUGCAAUUAUUUUAUAUAUCUAUCAUUUUAUUUAUUGUUUUCUGUUUAAUUGUUGAAUUUUCUUUUCUAUUGUGAACAAAUGCAUGGCACUUAGUUAAACAGCGGGAUUUCCUACCUUGUCGACUUACUAUUUUAUUUAUUUAAAGUUAAUGUGCAAUACGCAAGUAACAGAUUCUGAAAAGUGAUGAGAUAAGGAUGUUUUUUGGGCUGUACCGAUUAUGAUGAUCAGAGCUUAUUGCAAUCAGUUUAUUACAUCACUAUUUCUUUGAUAUCUCAAGAGCAAAUUACUUUUUUAAACUUUUGAUCAAUUUUGAUAAAUAUAGACUUCAUUUAUUUUACGGCAUGAAUAUCUAUUCGGCAAAAAAAAUUAUUAUAAUAAUU